AUUUUGUUGAAAGUUAACAUUCCAAUAAGGGAUCCAAAGACCUUGAGCGUCGGUUCACAACCGACCAUCGUAUCUAAGCAGUCAACCGUCCGCAUAACUUUCCGUCGAUGUCCGUUCUCCGAUUCCGACUCCAACUCCGUUCCGAUCGUUUCGUUCUGUAAGAGUCUUCAUCGCUUCGUAUCGGCUCUCGGAUCUCGUUACAUCAUCAACACCAUCACCAUCAUCACCAUUGAUUUUUGUCCCGAUUCUUCGAAAUUCGUUUUCUAAAGAAUUUAUUCAAGAUGCGUCGGGCUGCGUCGAAGAAAGGCCCAACUAAUUCAACGACCUCAUCUAAUUCUUCUGCCAUGGAUCUAUUCCGCUCUGCUUCAGGUAAAGCUGCAUCCAAGGAGUUGGAACGUAUUGAUCAGCUAUACUAUUCAUAUGCAAAUGAGUCUUCUGGUAUGAUUGACCCAGAAGGAAUAGAGUAUCUUUGUUCUGACUUAGAAGUUGAACACACAGAUGUACGCAUAUUGAUGCUUGCUUGGAAAAUGCAAGCUGAAAAGCAGGGAUACUUCACCCUGGAUGAAUGGCGAAAAGGGCUUAAAGCAUUACGGAGUGAUACCAUAGUUAAGUUAAAAAAGGCACUUCCUGAUCUAGACAACGAGGUCCGCAGGCCAUCAAAUUAUGUGGAGUUCUAUUCUUAUGCAUUUCGAUAUUGUCUAACCGAGGAGAAGCAAAAGAGCAUAGAUAUUGAGAGCAUAUGUGAAUUAUUGGAGCUUGUUUUGGGGUCACAAUUCCGCAUGCAGGUGGAUUUGUUCAUUCAGUAUCUAAAGACACAGAUUGAUUACAAGGUAAUAAACAUGGAUCAAUGGAUGGGGUUCUAUAGAUUCUGCCAUGAGAUAAGUUUCCCGGAUUUUAAUAAUUAUGAUGAGGAACUUGCUUGGCCUUUGAUCCUAGACAACUUUGUUGAGUGGGUGAGGUCAAAACAGAGCUAGCUGAUCAAAUUUCAUUUGGUCAACGCAUGGUUUAUAUAAAUAUGCAUAUGCUUCCAGAUACAAUAUCUAAUUAGUGAAGCUCAUUUCUUGAAAGGAUUGAUUAAUUUAUUGUCUCAAUCAAUGUGAAUGAAUUCUUCUAAAACAAGCAAACAAACACAUAUGUUAAAUUAAAAAUUCCCUCCCUUGUUUA